AUGGAUUCAAACUUAUCCCGGCAGAAACUCAAGAUAUCGAAUAACAAAUAUCCAAUUACAGUCCCCGAUACUACCCAGUCCACAUCGGCAAGAUGGCUUCCAAUAGCCUUGUCUCUUGCCUGUGGCUAUAUUAAUAGUGAACGCAGAGAAAAAAGAUACGUCGCCUUGAAGGUGAAUAUCCCCAACUCAAUGUUUCACCACAAACUCCCUUUCUUCGAAAAUAUAUAUGUCUUGAGUAUUUUCAUGUCGGACGAGAAAACAUUCGCAGCUUCUACGAGUCAUUCACUGUCACUAGCCCAGAUGGGUCGCACAUCCCGCAUUCGGAAGGCUGGGUGGCUUUCAAAGAGGGCCUCCGAACAAGCGGCUUUGUAA